AUGAUCCUCAUACAACAACCGGUCAACCCGAUAUCCCCCGCCAAAGUGGAUAUCUCACUGCUUCUCAAGCCUGACGAUGAGGAAGCGCUCCCGACUUCGGCCUACCCUUCGCCAUCGAGAAGGCAGUCGGGCCCGUCUGCCAUCAUGCCCAUGGUCGCGCCAGCAUUGCCUCUGCCGCCGGUGACGGGCAUCGUGACCGGCCAGCCUUCUGCUACUGGACCCAAGCGCAGUCUGUCCUCUCUCGGAAACGAGCCCCCGGCAAAGAAACAGUCCAAGUGGUCGCCGGACGAGGACGCCCUGAUCAUCGAGCUCCGCGGCCGGGGCAUGAAGUGGGAGGACAUCAGCAAGCGGCUGCCCGGGCGCAGCGCCAUCAGUUGUCGACUUCACUACCAGAACUAUCUCGAGCGCCGGAGCGAGUGGGACGAGGAUCGCAAGAACAAGCUCGCGCGGCUGUACGAGAGAUUCAAGGCAGAAAUGUGGGCCAAAGUGGCCGAAGAAAUGGCCAUUCCAUGGCGAGCCGCCGAGGCGAUGCACUGGCAGCUCGGCGAACAAGAGAUGGCUCGCCGCGCCGGGGUGGUGCCCUUCUCCCUGUCCAGCGGUGGCUCCAUCGAGCCUCCUCCCACCAAGGUCCGUCGGAGCAACACGGUGAUGCCUCGGCUGCGAAGACAGUCGGUUUCAGUUGCACCAGUUGCACCGGUUUCACAGCGAGCUGUACAACCGUCGAUAGUGCCACCGCCGCCGCCGCCACAACAACAUAUCCCACAGGUGAUGUCUCAGGCACAUGCUCCUCCUCAGCUGCCGUCGCUGGAAGAGCUUACGGCCGGCGUGCCGGCGUACGCUCCCCUGUCACAGCCCAUGAUGGAUCCGUAUCGAAUGUCGCGACCGCCGCCCCCAUUACAUAUGCGUCCGCCUGGGGAUAUGCCGGGAAUAGAGCCACAAGUGCCUCGCACAAGGGCCUGA